GCGCAUCGCACAGAUCACACGCGCGCUACAAAGAGCAUGCGUUCAAGUUUCUAUCGACAUGCGGCGCUAGUUGUCCGACGUCUCGACACCCUGAACCGACCCGCACGGAAGGACUACCCGGUUGUUGAAUUGCCAGGCUCUGGAGCGUUUCAAAAUGGCGUCCACGAAGAUGACGCGCAGACAACACGCCAAAGUUAUGAGCUCCAUCUUCUUGCAUCACUUGGCCCAUCUUCUGUGUCUUGCGUCUGGUACACACUCUAUCGGACCGCCAGAAGUCCAACCGUUCUCCUUCUCGAAGAAUAUUGCUCUCGGACAGAAAGCGGUGGUAAACUGCGGUGCCGUCAGCGGGGACGGACCGUUCGAAUUUCGUUGGGUUCAAGAUGGAAAAGAGCUUCGCUCCACGGCCUCCAAGUACGUCAAGACUGCGAGCGAAACCAUCGCAACACUGGUCAUCGAAAGGGUUGGCGCCGAAGACGUCGGAAACUACACUUGCUCCGUUUCCAAUGCAGUGGGACAAGACAGUUUCACCGCGGCCCUAGCUGUUAAAGGUAUAGAAAUAACAUAAUGAAUAACGUGUAUGCUAACAAUCCAUUGCGCUUAGACGCACAAUACCAUCAAUGUUAAUGAUGUGCAUUCUCGAAUCCUACCACUCGGAUUAUGAGUCAUUAUGGUAUCUGACCUGUUGUCACAUUUUGCAUGCAAAUACAUGAAUGAGAUUAGUUUGUAUGGUCCCCCUUUUAUAGUCUUGCCUAUAAAAAGUUUAUGUAUCUACAAACAUAGUCG